AUGAAACUCACCACCACCUUCGCCCUCCUCCAGAUCCCCAUCCUCGCCUCCGCCAGCCCUCUCCAAGACCGUCAAUCCUGUCCCAAGGUCCACAUCUUCGGCGCCCGCGAGACCACCGCCCCGGCAGGCUACGGCACCUCAGCCGGCCUCGUCAACAGCAUCGCCGCCGCCUACCCCGGCUCUACCAAGGAAGCCAUCGUGUACCCCGCCUGCGGCGGACAAUCCUCGUGCGGGGGCGUGUCCUAUGACAACAGUGCCUCGCAGGGGACCGCGGCGGUGGUGAGAGCCGUGACGAACUUGAACAGCAGGUGCCCGGAUACCAAGAUCGUGCUGGUCGGGUAUAGUCAGGGCGGACAGAUUAUGGAUAAUGCGCUGUGUGGAGGGGCGGGGGCGACACUGACGGGGAAUGCGCUUAGGGCUGUAAAGGCGGCGAUCUUUAUGGGGGAUCCGCAUAAUGUGGUGGGGUUGCCGUAUAAUGUUGGGACGUGUAGGGCGAAGGGGUUUGCGGCUCGCCCCAGCGGGUUUCAGUGCUCCCCUGCGAGUCCGUCGAUUAUCCAGAGCUAUUGCGACUCGACUGAUCCGUAUUGCUGCAAUGGGAAUGAUGCGAACUCGCAUCAGCAGUAUGUCAACAAGUAUGGACAGCAGGCGUUGGCGUUUGUGAAGAAGUUGGUGGAUGCCGCUUGA